AUAUAAAGCACAAUGGUCUCUUCAUUUAUAUAAUUUAUCUAAAUUAAAAUGUCUAUCCCACCUGGAUCCAUAAUCGUGUCGGACUGGUACCACUGUGCAGACAGCAGAGAGUUUUUCAUCAAAAUACUGCAUAAGACGAGAUGGCGAAAGUUUGGGCUCUUGGAGGCGCCAAUGAUGCCUCCUCAUAUGAAUGUGGACAUCGUUCGCUACAAGGUUCUUAUCUCUGGUAAAAGUGGAGUUGGGAAGAGCGCUCUUGCUGCCCGUCUCGCUGGCCUCGAACUACCCAAAAUGCAUUAUGAGACCACAGGCAUAGAGACAACUGUGGUCUUCUGGCCUGUAAGACUAAAGGACAGUGGGCGUGUGCUGUUUUUCCGCUUUGAGCUUUGGGACUGUGGGGAAAGUGCCAUGCGAAGAUUUGACCACAUGUUACCGUCAUGUAAGGAACAGGUGGAUGGCAUCCUUUUCCUGUUCUCCUUCACUGAUCGUGGCUCCUUUGAUGAUCUUUCAAAUCAGAUAUCACGCAUCACAGAAUCUUCAGAUCGAGUGGUUAAAUUGGUGGUUGGCACCAAAUUUGACUUAUUUAUGCACACAGACGUGACAGAGAGUGACAUAGCACAUUUUCAAGAGGUGUGGGGUCUUCCGGUCUUCCGAGUGGGAGGUGAUGUGAGUGCGGGGCUUGGUGAAGUAGCACCCCUCCUAAAUGCUCUUGCAGAAAAUCUGUGGCAUCAGGACUGCAUUGCUGCUUCAACUGUCUCCAUCUCCCCACAGGCUGCUCUUAGAGAAACAGGCUCAGAGAUCAUUGUAUAGCUUGUAUUGUAGAUAAAUUUCAUAUGUAUUGGUUAGUAUAAGGCAAAAUUCAUGGAUGGACUAUGCUGCUAUGGAAAUACCCAAUUACUUGAAAUAUUUUUUGGUUUCUAAAUGCCUACAAGUUUAUUAGCCAUUUCAGUCCAGUGACAAGUGCAAAUAUCUGUGAGACAAGAAAUAGUCUUUUAAAUGGUGAUAGAAAAAUGUCACAAAAUUA